ACACUCUUCAGACUCAACCAUGCCUGACGCAACAACCAAAACUCCAGCGGGCCGGAAGGGCUCAAAGAAAGCCGCGGCUAAAACCACCAAGACCGGCAACAAGAAGAGGAAGUCCAAGAAGAGGAGGGAGAGCUACGCCAUCUACGUGUACAAGGUGCUGAAGCAGGUCCACCCCGACACCGGCAUCUCCUCCAAGGCCAUGGGCAUCAUGAACUCCUUCGUCAGCGACAUCUUUGAGCGCAUCGCCGGUGAGGCCUCCCGUCUGGCUCACUACAACAAGCGCUCCACCAUCACUUCCAGGGAGAUCCAGACCGCCGUCCGCCUGCUGCUGCCCGGGGAGCUGGCCAAGCACGCCGUGUCUGAGGGCACCAAGGCCGUCACCAAGUACACCAGCUCCAAGUAAACACCUGCUCUCACUCAGUGACACAGCUGCAACACAAAGGCUCUUUUAAGAGCCACACACUCACACUCUGCAGAGCUCGUCCUCUUCUGUCUCAUCUCUUAGUCAUAGAUUGUUACAAUAAUGCAAAGUUCAUCAUACAAAUAUUCACAUCUGGUAAUAUAGUUCUGUGUCAAAUGUGUUUAAUUUCAGCACAGUGCCAAUAUGAUUAAGACAGUUCUGUAUCUCAAUAGUCAGCUGAAUGUGCUCUUUACCUCCUGAAUAUAUACACUGAAUAAAAACUGGGAAAACAUAAAUACACAGCAGCCCA